AUGGACCCUGAGGGGUCCAACAACGUUUUUUCUUGGACAGGGGGUUUUCUGUUUGAAGGGUUUUAUAGAUUGUCGGAUUUUCGAUCGCUUGAUUAUUUGAUGGAAAAUUUAUGCUGUUUGCAGUUCAUAGGAGGUCCUUCAUCUUAUAGCUCUGAUUAUCAUGUUGCUAGGUUUGUUGAAGUUGAUGAACAUGAACUCGGUUUAUUUGCCAUUUAUGAUGGCCAUUCGGGUGAUCGUGUCCCUUCCUAUCUUCAAAAACAUUUGUUUGAUAACAUCUUGAAUGAGAGUGAUUUUUGGGUUGACCCAAAAAGAUCGAUAUCAAAAGCGUAUGAGAAGACUGAUGAAGCGAUUCUUUCACAUGAUUCUGAUUUGGGGAGAGGUGGGUCCACAUCAGUUACAGCUGUUCUUAUAAAGGGUCAAAGGCUGUGGGUUGCAAAUUUGGGUGAUUCAAGAGCUGUUGUUUCAAAAGGAGGUGAAGCUAUACAGAUGAGCACUGAUCAUGAGCCUAGCACUGAAAGGGUUAGCAUUGAGCAUAAAGGAGGCUUUGUGUCAAAUAUGCCAGGAGAUGUACCUCGCGUAAACGGACAGCUGGCGGUUUCUCGUGCAUUCGGUGACAAAAGCCUAAAAUCCCAUUUGCGAUCUGACCCUGCUAUUCAAGAUACAAUUGUGGAUUCCAAAACCGAUCUUCUUGUCUUGGCAAGCGAUGGUCUUUGGAAGGUAAUGGAUAAUCAAGAAGCGGUUGACAUUGCAAGGAGAAUUAAGGACCCUCAAAAGGCGGCUAAGCGGUUAAUAGCCGAAGCUUUGAAGAGAGACAGUAAAGACGACAUAUCGUGUGUUGUGGUUAGAUUCAGGUAAUAUUUUUCAUUCCUUUACUCAUUGCUGUCAUUUUCUCGUUUGCGGGACCCACGGUUUGAAAUUGAGAAGAAGAUGGGACAGAUUCUAUGUAAAAAAAGUUAAAUAAUCGGUAAUAAUGGGUACUUUAAAAUAAACCCUUUUGGGGGGAUGUGGAUUUGUUAGUUUGUUGAAGAAUACGUAUUGAAGAGUUUGAAGUAGUUCCUUUCCUUUAUAUGUAAAUUCCUUCAUUAUUGGUGUUUUGGUAAAUCUUGUUGAUUAUUUUAAGAGUGAUCAUUGUUGGUGUUUUGGUAAAAUUUCUUGAUUAUUGUAAGAUUGAGCGUGAUGGUAUUUGA